AUGCCCUACUUCAUUGAAAACUGUACUUUUGGGCCACCGAAAAGUCAAGUGACUACUUUAGGAUGUGGAGUACCUAAAGGUGAAAAAGACCUUGCCCAGCUCUAUAAGGAUUUACAUAGCAGGAGUGAAGAACUGACGUCUGCCCAUAACUAUAAUACCAAGUGUUAUCAUUGGUGCGAAGCUCCCGGCAGUGAAAAGGCUCCGCAGCGCUCCCCAGGGGAAGCCCGCAGCAACGAGGCCUCCUCAGGCCCUGGCGCUCCGACGCCCGCCACACACCCGCUGCAACCGCUGAUUGGCUGCUGGUCCCGGCGUGUGGGCGGGCACUGGUCAGGCGCAUGCGUGCGCACGCGGGCGUCCCUGGCGCUACCUGGUGCCGCAGAUGUGAGGCUGGACGGCGAAGAGGCGCAUCUGUGGAGAACCUGCUCCGGCCCUGCAAUGUCCUUCUCCCGGCUCAGCGUCCCCUCCAGCCUCCGGUCUCCAGACCCUCCUCAGCAUUCUGAGUUUUCCGACGUCAUGAGACUCGGGAGAAGAGAUUUGGUGAGAGCAUCUUGGAAACUACACUCUGACUUGGGUGGAAACAGGCCACUGAGACCACAGGAGACCCAUGAAACAAAGGUUUGGAAGAUUCAAGGCAGGUCUGAGCUGGACCAGAGUGGGCAAAAGAUGUCUUCAGGUAAUUUGGAGUUUUUGGAUUUCCAGAUGUAUGUCCUAAAAGUAUUACUCCAUCAGAACUGAUGGCCCCUCCUUCCAUGGGAUUUUGCCUGGCAAGGAGGAACACUGGCCCCCAG